UGAUGCAAAUUUGUUCUCAUUGAAUUGUUAAAUUCGCAUCUGGUCUUGCGUUGUCAUUUGAGUUCACAACGACGAGACAGGGGUGCACUCUGAUCCGAUCCCGGCAAUGGAGGACGUGGAGCCGAAGACCGGCGAAAUCUCCGCUCAUCCUGAAGGAGAUAAUGAAGAACCCGAUCUCCCAGGGGAAUCCGGGGAUUCUACCCUGGAGGCCAAGCAAGACGAGAUCCAGCCGGCAAUGGAAGCCAAAGAAGGCGAGAUCGAACCAACUUCGGAUGUCGCCGUAGGAAAGAUCCCAUCUAAGUUGGAAGUCGAGAUCGGCAAUAAGUUGGAUGGCAAGGAAGGGGAGAUCAAGGCUGAGGGAGCUGAGAAGAAACCCUCUUCUGAAACGGACGCUGCGAGAGGCGACGACAUCCGGACGUUCACAAUGCGGGAGCUUCUCGACGAACUCAAGGAGGAAGAGAAGGGGGCUUCCGAGGCAAAGGAUGAUAAAACUUGGUCUGUGGAUCCGACCAAAGAUGACGGCAGCGACGCCUAUAGGAGCAGCGCUGCGGGGAGUUCCUCUUUUAGCCACAAUGAUAUUUCCAUGGAUUUGAUCAACAAAGUAACUGGAACAGAUGAGGAAGGUCGAUCCCGCCAACGGAUGCUUUUAUAUGCAGCUAAAAAGUAUGUUAGUGCAAUAGAGAGAAAUCCGGAAGAUCAUGAUGCACUUUACAAUUGGGCAUUGGUUCUGCAGGAAAGUGCUGACAAUGUUGGCCCUGAUUCUGAUUCUUCAAAAGAUGCCUUACUUGAAGAGGCAUGCAAAAAGUAUGAGGAAGCUAUACGUCUUUGUCCUACACUUUAUGAUGCACAUUAUAACUGGGCUAUUGCAAUAUCUGAUCGUGCUAAAAUGCGUGGUCGUACAAAGGAGGCUGAAGAAUUAUGGAAACAGGCAACCAAAAAGUAUGAGAAAGCUGUUCAGCUCAACUGGAACAGCCCACAGGCCCUUAACAACUGGGGGCUUGCUUUGCAGGAACUUGGUGCAAUUGUUCCUGUACGGGAGAAACAGACUAUAAUAAAAACAGCUAUAAGCAAGUUCCGCGCCGCCAUCCAACUACAGUUUGAUUUUCAUCGAGCAAUUUACAAUCUCGGUACAGUGUUGUAUGGCUUAGCCGAGGACACUUUUAGGUCUGGCAGACCCGUCAAUGCAAAAGAAGUCUCUCCUGAAGAGUUUUAUAGUCAAUCAGCUAUAUAUAUUGCAGCUGCUCAUGCUCUGAAACCAAACUACUCAGUUUAUCACAGUGCUUUAAGGCUAGUUCGAUCAAUGCUUCCUUUACCCUACUUGAAAGUAGGCUACCUAACUGCUCAACCUGCUCAUAUUCCAAUAGCACCUCAUAAAGAGUGGCAAAGAUCUCAAUUUCUUCUGAAUCAUGAGGGACUUAAGCAGGUCGGUAAGGCUGAGAAGCAUCUGUCACAAAGUCCUUCUGGGAUGUUGUCAGGAUCUCCACAAAUUGAUAAAUCACUACUUAAAGUUGAUGUCCAAGACAUUGUUUCUGUUUCAGCCUGUGCAGACCUUACACUACCUCGAGGUGCUGGUCUUUGCAUUGAGACAAUUAAUGGCUCAGUUUACUUGGUUGCUGACACAUGGGAGUCGUUGUAUGGCUGGUUAGAUGCAAUACGCCUUGUCUACACCAUUUAUGCCAGAGGAAAGAGCGAUAUUCUUGCUGGAAUUAUUACUGGUUGAUUUUCCGUUUUUCAUACAACAAAUAUUUUUCGAGACCUCUACAACUUUGGACAACUGGGGCCUGAAUUAUUACCUUGACAUUUUAUUGUCCCCAGAGGUUGUUAUUUACGAUGUAGUCCAGUUAUUGUUUCCAACAUGUACCAUAGGUUUAAAGUCUAUUGGAUUUGCAUAUUAGCGACUAGCAGGGAAAUUCUUCAGGCGUUUUUCUUAA